CAGAAAAUUACCAUAUGGAAAAGUUAUCAACAUGUCCUUUUUGGAAGCAGAAAAUCACUGCAAUGUUUUUAAGCAUCAAAAAAAAAAAAAAUCCAUUCAACAUGUUUCUGGGCAUUUUUCCUCCCAUUGGGGUGAGAACAGCAUUCCCAUUAACAGCAGAGUGAACUAUUCAUGUUCUCAGAAGUGGCAAUGGGCUAAUUGCAGAUGAAGGACAUAAAUUCUGCUCAAGAGCCCAGGCACGGCUCCCACACCCACACAGCGGCCCGCUCCUUUGGUUCAGGCACUCAGAUGGAAGCAUUACUUUUUUAUUCCGGAAGCCCUAGUGGGUAGCCCAGGCCCCACACACCAAGGGUCUGGAUAACUAUUAUUUUCCAGCACUUACAGCCACCUUCUCCUAGAUCCAACUGUGAGGGAGUGGGAGGUGCAGGCCGUGGUGCACUGUGUGUCAGGAUUUAAGGCAAACUUUAUUUUUUUUUAAUUGGCCUUCUCUCUUCUUUCUAUGGCUACAGCACACUGCAGAUCGCUUUGAUCUAUCUUUUCAACCAUCAUAGAUUGAGAGUCGAGGUGUGACACUUACUAAUUGCCGACCGGGCCGUCGGUCAGAAGAGCGAGACAGGAGAGGGCCAUAGUGGGGUUCCAAGUGGAAAAGCUCUCCAGCUCGCAGCUUGGAAGAGAGGGCAGGGCAUUGACUCAUGCAUGAGAUGUCCUUUCUGCUAACCGGCUUGGGAAAGCGAGAACAGUCGAUACUUUUUUUUUUUUUUUUUAAGAAGUUGUUAAAUAAAAUGUUUCACUCUGAGACACAGUAUAGCUUACAACCCAAAGCAUGUGAGGUUUAAGACCAGGCAUUUAAGUCGAAGGUACAGCGGGGAAAGGCUGGGGAUUUUGUACGUGUUGGAUGCCAUUCUCCCACUGCUCACGUUAGGACUCAGGAAGUUCCCUUUGCCAAGUGCACAAAUGGGGUGUAUGAGGUUGGAGUUACCCACCUGGGAGCCAUUGGCUGAUGGGGUGGACAGGACUGGGAGCCAUGAGGCUGUGUGGUAAUCAGAGGGGAGAUGUGAGGACCAAGCCGAGCAAGCAGAGUUGGUUUCUGUUCCUAUAUCCGAAAUAACCUUAAAUUGAUGCACUAACGUUAAGGCUCCAGGCCAUAUAAGUUGAAGAAAGAAUACAUUCAAUUAUAUACAUAAAAUGAUAUAUCCAUAAAAUAUACAUAUGCAUAUUCAGAUACAAAUACGUAUAUGUAUAUAGAGAGAAAGAGAGGUGAGGAGACAUAAGCAUAACAAAUAACAGUGAGGAAGGAAAGAUCACCUCUGGCAGAGGGAUGCUGGGGCAACUUCUUGGGACUGGUAGCGUAUGAGCAAGGCCUUGGGGGACCCAAAGGAUUUCAGCAGACAGCAGGAAGGGAAAAGCAGAAGCAAAAAUUUGAUGUUGGGAGAGCGUAAGUCACAUACAAAGAAUGCACUGUAGGAGUCAUGGAAAACAGACCAGAAAGCUAGGUGAUGGUCAGAUGAAGAUGAAUCCCGAGAACACCAAGCAGUGUGGAUUUGGUCUGGCCGCCACUGGAAAAGCUCCUAAACUGAGACCAGGGUGGUUAUAGAGUCAGAGCCAUGUGAUAGCACAGCUACCAGCAGGGCUUCUAAUCACUGUCAGGGAGUUAUGGGGGAGCAGUAGGGAGGUGAGGGGCAGUCGGGAGGGCUCCAGACAGUGGCUUUUUACCAAUCAGCACAGAAAUCUUUCAGUGCAUCAACCACUGAUCUGGCCGUACCAGUGGACACUGGUCAAUAUCAGGCCUGUCAGCGGGCUCUCUAAACCCAGCCCCUUGGGCAUAUGUUUCAAUUUCCCCAAGAUGACCUGUUUCAUUAAUGAAUGGAAGCCUUUCUUCCCAGGCCCUUGGGUUUCAUCUUCUUUUGUUCAGCUCUCUUGUGAAAUCUCCUUAAUGAAGUUCAUAGCAGGGAGUUGUGAAGUCCUUCCUUAGGUUGCAAUUCUGCCUUCUUUUGCUUCCAUAGUUCAUAUCCUGUGGUUGGGUAUGGCCAGUGGGAAUGCUAGUGACCAUCCCUAGUUAGGGCUGAACUACAGAAGAGGGAGACCAUGGAACGGGAAGGAAGACAUGAGUGCAAGCAACAUUAGGGAGCAAGGAUCCAAUAGGAUUUGGACCGAAUGACAAGGGAAGACGAGGGGGAGAGAGAGAGAGCAUUUCAAGGCACAGUUCAGCUAUCAAGCUCAGGUAACUGGAGUAAAAGGAGCAGCAUUAAUAGGAUUAGGGAAAAUGGGAGAAUGAGCUGGGGUAGGGGGAAAAGGAAAAGGGAGAUAUCAAAUUAUUUUUAAACAAGUUAAGUUGGAGGCAUCCAAAUGGAAAUACCAGCGGGCAGUUGGGAAUGUGGAAGAGAGGUGGGAGAAGCUGUCAGAACCAGAGAGAAAGAUUUGAAAGACAUUGGAAUGAAAACCACAGGACUGGAUUUGCACAGGAAAGAAGAAGCUGAGCAAGAGGCUGAAGAUAGAACCUUGGGGAACCUGCUCACUUACGAGGCAGCAGGAAGAAGUGAAGGAAGAAGGAAGAAGAAGGGGCAUGGUGAGGUGAAGAGGACUGGGAGUUGCUCUUCUGCCAACUCCGAUCCUUCAUCCUGGAAUGCUAUUUCGAGCACUUGGAAGAUAGCCCCACCUCAAGAAUGGAAUAAAGGGCCUUACGAAGACGAAAUGAGGAAAAACUGCAUAGAAAAUCUAAUGGAUGAAGAUGAGAAAGACAGGGCAAAGAGAGCUUCUCGAAACAAAUCUGAGAAGAAGCGUCGGGACCAGUUCAAUGUUCUCAUCAAAGAGCUUAGCUCCAUGCUCCCUGGCAACACGCGGAAAAUGGACAAAACAACUGUGCUGGAAAAGGUCAUUGGAUUUUUGCAGAAACACAAUGGUAAAGAAGUCUCAGCGCAAACGGAAAUCUGUGAUAUUCAGCAGGACUGGAAGCCUUCAUUCCUCAGUAAUGAAGAAUUCACCCAGCUGAUGUUGGAGGCACUGGACGGCUUCAUUAUUGCAGUGACAACGGACGGCAGCAUCCUGUAUGUUUCUGACAGUAUCACACCUCUCCUUGGGCACUUACCAUCAGAUGUCAUGGAUCAGAAUUUGUUAAAUUUCCUUCCAGAACAAGAACAUUCAGAAGUGUAUAAAAUGCUUUCUUCCCAUAUGCUUGUGACAGAUUCCCCCUCCCCAGAAUACUUAAAAUCUGACAGCGAUUUAGAGUUUUAUUGCCAUCUCCUCAGAGGCAGCUGGAACCCAAAGGAAUUUCCAACUUAUGAAUACAUAAAAUUUGUAGGAAAUUUUCGCUCUUACAACAAUGUGCCUAGCCCCUCUUGUAACGGCUUCGACAGCACCCUUUCAAGGCCCUGCCGGGUGCCGCUCGGGAAGGAGGUCUGCUUCAUCGCCACCGUGCGCCUGGCAACACCCCAAUUCUUAAAGGAAAUGUGCAUAGUUGACGAACCCUUAGAGGAAUUCACUUCAAGGCAUAGCUUGGAAUGGAAAUUUUUAUUUCUGGAUCACAGAGCCCCUCCGAUCAUAGGAUACCUGCCUUUCGAAGUUUUGGGGACGUCGGGCUAUGACUACUACCACAUUGACGAUCUGGAGCUCCUGGCCAGGUGCCACCAACACUUGAUGCAGUUUGGUAAAGGGAAGUCCUGUUGCUACCGGUUUCUGACCAAAGGCCAGCAGUGGAUUUGGCUGCAGACUCACUACUACAUCACAUACCACCAGUGGAACUCCAAGCCCGAGUUCAUCGUGUGCACGCACUCGGUCGUCAGUUAUGCGGAUGUCCGGGUAGAAAGGAGGCAGGAACUGGCUUUGGAAGACCCGCCACCCGAGGCCGUCCACCCUUCAGCGCUAAAGGACAAGGGCUCCAGCCUGGACCCUCAGCAGCACUUUAACGCACUUGACGUGGGCACCCUGGGCCUUAACACCAGUCACUCACCAUCAGCGUCCUCCAGAAGCUCCCACAAAUCCUCGCACACGGCUAUGUCAGAACCCACCUCCACUCCAAGCAAGCUGAUGGCAGAGACCAGCACCACGGCUUUACCCAGAUCGGCCACCCUGCCCCAAGAGCUCCCUGUGCCAGGGCUCAGCCAGGCAGCCUCCAUGCCGGCUCCCCUGCCGGCCCCGUCGUCCUGUGACCUCACACAGCAGCUCCUGCCGCAGACCAUCCUGCAGAGCCCCCCUGCCCCCAUGACACAGUUCUCAGCACAGUUCAGCAUGUUCCAGACCAUCAAAGACCAGCUGGAGCAGCGGACACGGAUCCUGCAAGCCAACAUCCGGUGGCAGCAGGAAGAGCUCCACAAGAUCCAGGAGCAGCUCUGCCUGGUCCAGGACUCCAACAUCCAGAUGUUUCUGCAGCAGCCGGCUGUAUCCCUGAGCUUCAGCAGCGCCCCGCGGCCCGAAGCUCAGCAGCAACUCCAGCAGAGGUCGGCCCCAGGCUCCCAGCCCCAGCUCGUGGCCAGCCCUCAGCUUCCAGGGCAGAUUGGCUCUGCCCAGGUGGCGAACCAGCACCUGCUCAGAGAAUCCAGUGUGAUAUCAACCCAGGGUCCAAGGCCAAUGCGAAGCUCGCAGCUGAUGCCGGGAAGCGGCCCCUCGGUGAGCAGCUUGACGCCCCAGUUCAGCAGCGCCACGGCAGUGCUCCCGCCAGCUCUGAGCCUGACCACGCUCGCUUCUGCCUCCCAGGACGGCAGCCAGUGCCGGCCCAGCCCAGCCUUCAGCCAUGAUCGGCAGCUCAGGCUGCUGCUGAGCCAGCCCAUCCAGCCCAUGAUGCCUGGGUCCUGUGACGCGAGGCAGCCCUCAGAGGUCAGCAGGACUGGACGGCAAGUCAAGUAUCCACAGAGCCAGGCUGUGUUUCCAAAUGCAGACAUGCACACCACCAGCAGCAGCGCCUCACCCCCCGUUCUGCUGAUGGGACAGGCGGUGCCCCAGCCCAGCUUCCCCGCCUCCCGGCAGUCACCCCUGCAGCCCGCACAGGCCCAGCAGCAGCCACAGCACUUCCUGCAGGUGCAGGCACCAACCUCUCUGCACAGUGAGCAGGACUCGCUACUUCUUUCCACCUACUCGCAACAGCCAGGGACCCUGGGCUACCCCCCGCCGCCCCAGCCCUCACGCCCUCCUCGAAGGGUCAGCAGCCUCUCUGAGUCCUCGGGCCUCCAGCAGCCACCCCGGUAGAGCCCUGGCACCUCUGUCGGGUCACAAUCAGCUUUAACCAAUGGACGGACCAUGGGGGUGGCCAGAGGAACUGGGGAGAGGAGUUUAAACCCUUGGCUUUUGUGCGCACUGCAUACAUUUCAGAACUCCUGGAUGGUAACCAUCUCCAGAACGCAGUGGCUGGCCGUGGAAAAUGAUCAGAAUACUGGCCGUGUUUCCCUAGCCUCUGUGUUUCUCGGGCACACUCUACAGCCAUACUCGGAUGGGAACCGAGUGCCCCACGAAAGCGUCAUUACUCAGUUCACUUAGCAGACGGCACGUCUCGCCACGUCCUCCCCGAGAGCGCACUGGUCCCUCUAGCCGGCUGUGGUCCAUCCACACUUGCUAGCUGGCCUUCACUCUCCUGAUCCUCUUUCCUUUGCAUUCGAGAAGCACUGGGUCAGAGAUCUGUUGAAGAGAGAGAAUAAAGAGAUUAUUUUUCAUUAUUUUUAAAUGGUGGUUUUUGUUUUAAUUUGCACAGCUGCACAGAGGAGAUAACUUAGGCACUUUCAGGUUUUAAAAAUAAGGAGGUCUUGUGACUUCACUUGGAGACCCAGGAACAAAAACAGCCCACCAAUCAGAUGGUCUUUGUUAACCAGGCCGCACACCCACACCCUCUGGUCUGAAACCUAAUGGAAGAAGGCUCUUUCUGGUGGUUAUUGUUUCCCCUAAAUAAAACACUGGACUGUUCCUGUUUACUUCCUUGAUUGCAACUACAAAGGCAGACUCAAAGCAAAGCACAAUCAUGCAGCUGAUAUUCCGGAAUUCUGUCGGGAACUCCGAGACGGAAUGGGAGGAAGAGGUAUCCCAAGCCAGGCAGGCCCAUGGAGCUCCAGGUCCCCGAGGAAAUCCCAGCACGCGCCGGCCCCUUGAGUCAGAAUGCUGCAUCUUUCUACAGAUCUUUCGUGAGAAGACCGAGGAUUGGAUUCUCCUUUUCAAAAUGCACUUUGCUUUUUUUGUAUGUUUUGUUAUGUUGAGAUGUUUCUAAAGAGAAGAUUUUAUGUAAUUAAAAGACGAAGUGUAGUGAAUUGUACAGCUGUUGUAAUAAUGACCUAUUUCUAUAUAAAAUAAAAUUGUAUGGAUUAUGUGUAAAUUAUUUUGUAUCUGAGACACCAGUUCCUUUCCCAGAUAUAAAAGUAUAAAAGUUUUCUUGUGUUUUUCUGUGAGUGGCCAUUUUGUAAUAAAUUAACGAAUUUGUACAAUUUCCUCUGGAGGCA